AAUUGCAGCAAGCAUUGCAGAAUGCUUUCUUUUAUUUAACUAGAAGUUAUUUUUUUUUAAAAAAAAAGGUCAAAAUGAUCUUUUUUCUGAGCUUGAUGAUCAUUGCAAAAUUAACUUGGAUCAAUGGACUUGACAUUUCAUUGGAAAGAGAAUACUAUAUGGAGGGUAAACAUUUAUUCUGUGCCAAGUUACAUUGUGUGGAGAACACAAGCGAAGAUAAUGAAAUCUCAGCUCUUGUCAACAUGUCAGUCUAUAGGAUCAGUGAAUUAGAAGGGAAGAUUGUGUUGGCGUCUGUAUCAGAAUCAGAUUCAAGAGUUCGAGAUUAUAAAGUAAAUGGAUCAAAAGUUGAUGGAAAAUUUUCAAAGGUGUUUGGAGACUUGACUAUGUCAUUUACAAAAACUUCUGAUUGUUUUAGUACUGUGUUUGGAUGUGAUGUGUAUUACAAAAACAAAAGGGGUCUCGUUGAGAAGAAAGAGAAGAAAACAAAACCUGUUGACCAAGAAAAUCGUAAGCCGUUGAUGGUGAUGACCUUAGAGGCUAAAACUCCAGAGUUUGAUAAAACUAUUGAUAGAAUGUCAGAGUUUCUGAAAACUUUUCAAUAUUCUGAACUGUUAAACAGUGCUGACUUGAAGAUGAAUUUACAGUUUUCAACAGACGAUAGACGUUCUAACCAGACUGUUAGUCAAAUAAAUCAUAGAAGAGAGUUACCGGUGGAAGAAAGAGUUGACAACUUAGUUAAUCUUACAAAUGCGUUGGAAAGUAGAUUGAAUAGCUUGUUAGUUGCUCAAGAAUCUAAAACUCAGAGACUUGAAAACACAAUUAACAACAUAACAAAUGGAUACAAGGACGUUAAGAACCAAUUGGACAUACAAAAUAAAACUAAUCAAGAGCUUGCGCAGUUUAAAAAUUACUUAAAUGAAAACUUACUAAAAACAAUUCAACAGAUGGAAGCAAACAAUAAAACACUUGAAAUAUACAAUAGAUCAACACAAGACGUUCAAAAUCUUUACAUCGCUUUAAAAAACCAAUUGGAGAAACUGAACUACAGUGUGAUUAAUGUAUCAUUAAGUUUGUCUCAAAAUUCAAAUGAAAAGAAACAUCUGACUAAAAACAUUCAAGAUUUAAAAAUAGAUUUAUUAAACGUGACUAAGCAAAACAUUGAAAAUAGCAAUUCGAUUUUGGAACAACGUCAAAAUGUACGCAUUCAGCAACUGGAAGAAAGCAACAAAUUACUGUCUGAAACACUUAAAGAUUUAAACGCCAACAUGGCGAAGACUAACACAUCCAUACAAAAUCUGAUUAAGAAAUCAGCUCAAAUAAGUGUCUUAUUCAAUAGAUUAAAUGGAUUUGAAAACUUAAAAUGUGCCAACAUGAACGAUCGUGUUUUGGCAGAUAUGAUAGAGGCUGGAGUAGCUGUCCGCAGACCAUUGUGUGAUAACAAAACUGACGGUGGUGGAUGGAUUAUUAUACAGAGACGUAUCAAAGGUGAUGUGAACUUUACAAGAACUUGGAACUAUUAUAAAAAUGGAUUUGGUUCAACAUCUGGAGACUUUUGGAUCGGAAAUGAUGUAAUUUCAAAAUUGACAGAUUUGGGUUAUAACGAACUCAGAUUUGACAUGAAGUAUAAAGGUAAAGACUACUACGCUGUGUACAAAGGUUUUAAGGUAGAAAAUGAAGCAGCAAAGUAUAAGAUGAGCCUCACGUCAUUCAGUGGUGGGAAUGUUGAAGACAAGUUUAGUUAUCACAACGGCAUGAAGUUUACAACCAUUGACACUGAUAACGAUGUGUGGUCAGAUGGAAACUGUGCUGUAGACUGGAGAGGUGGUUGGUGGUAUGGUGCUUGUUACGAUGUUAACGUCAACGGUGAAUGGGCGAGUCGUGUUGCAGAUAAAGGAAUUCAUUGGGUUACUAUUACACGCUCGUCUGACUCUCUAGACUUUGUUGAGAUGAAACUUCGCUGAAUGUAAACAACCCGAAAACAAUGCUAUGGUAAAAUAAUGGAUAUACAGUAAUCAAAUUAUUUAAAAAAUCUUGAAGAACAUAAGCAACAUUACAUAUAUUAAAAUAAAUAGAUGUAAACAUUUAACUAAGGCAAUAUUUUCUUGAUGGUGAAUAUACAUAAGGAGUUUAAAAUUAACGAACAUUAAACCAAACAUUUUAUUUUAAAUAAACCGGGAGUGAUCUCCCCUAAACUUUCUUGAAUAUUCUAAUAUAACUCUACGUGGGAUGUCAACUCGGAAUAUAGACAUGAUUUUUGUUUACUUAAUUUUUUAAAAAUAGAAUAGAAUCUAGUAGAAAAAAGAACUGCGCAACAAGCGAAUGUCAAAUAAAGAUGUGCAUAACAGUGCGCAAUAUUAUUAGUAUUUUAUUAAUUUACAUGCGUUUUUUGAGAAAUCGGAAAAAGUGUAAAUUAGUACUUCCGGUCAACGGAAAUUACUCAAAAUUUAAAAGAAGGUAGAGAAUUGGAUCUUUUACUUACAUGUGAAAUUUCAUUUAUCUAUCUGAAAUAGUACGCAAGUUAUAGGCUUUUGAAAAAUUCAAAGUAGAAAAAUUACCACUUCCGGUUAUCGGAAAUCACUCACAAGGUGAUAAGGAUCUACGAUUUUGAUAAAAUACUAAUAUAUGAAAAAUUUCAUCAACCUAGCUGUACCAGUACUCAAGUUUUUUUUUUUUUAUACACGGAAAGACACACACAUACACACACACACAGAUACACAGAUAUACGGACAAGAUUGCAAAAUUAUGUUUUCCGUAUCUGUGAGGUGUAAAAUUAUUUUUGCACGAUUACAAGACUUUCUCUAUACUUCGUAUAUACGGGAAAGUAAAAAUGAUUUUAAAAACUACAACAGAGUUUGUUUUGCUAUUAUGAUGUAAUAAAGUCAUAUAUGCAGUAAUCUAGAAUUGAAAUUCCUCAUAGAUUGACUGUGUGUGUUAGCCAUUAAAACAGGAAAAAAACGACUAUGAUGUUGUCAUUUAUUUCUUGCAUAUUCAUAACUAGACUAGUAGUGUAGUUGUCAUCUACCACUAUAUCUUUAAUUAGCUAUUUACUCGGAUCAUGUGUAGUUUAACCCUAAUAACGUGUGUAAUGUUUGUGUAAUUUUUUCAAUAAUAUUUUUUUCACAUAGUUUUUCGAAAGAUAUAUAUGCCAUCCAAAGUCACAUAAAGUAGAUAGUAACUGUUAAUUUGGUGUCUGUAAAGAUUUGUAUUAUAAAGUCAUAUAGUAGAAUAAAAAUAGAUUAUUUAAGUAAAUCCCAUGUUUAAGUAGUUAAUAUUUUAUCUAUUGUAUCUCAUAACAAGCAUGUUUGUUUAUUAAGAAAUCUCUACUAUCACAUAUAAGUACAUAUUAGUACAAAAUAAAAAUUUUAAUUCUGAAUAUGUUUGUAUUACUGAGAUUGGAAUAUUCUUUUAUUAUCGUUUUCAAGGUAUAUAACCAUACUCUCACAAAUCAAGUGGGUAAUUUUAAUUGUUAUCUCCCGUGAACAAAUGUGUUUGUGUUCCACACCAUAGGCUAGAGAAAUUUCCAAUUACCUAAAUUUAUAAUUGUAUUUAUUUAGUAUGUUUACAUGGACACAAUUAAUGGAAAGCAAUUAUAUGCAUUUAUUUACUUCUUUAUUAUAACGCCCACUUAAUUUUAAUAUCAAGCCUCCCUUUGUGUAGUUUAAGGAAUUGUU